AUGGCAGAACCCCCGCCAGAGAGCUCUCACACUCCGCCUGGCACUCCCUUGAGUGACUCCACGCGUGGCCACAGCUCGAUGGAAGACCCCGAUCCUCAGGGGCACCGGAAACGCCCACGUCUCGACAGUGGAAGUCGCGUAAGUGAGAGCUUGUCUAUUGACAGUGCUGCCUUGACUCCGGCCGCGCCUGCCUCCGACAUGGACCUCACUCCAGACUCGCGUCCCAGCAAAAUGACAAUCAACGUGAAGUCUCCAACCUCCGAGAUGAAUUUCGAAACUAUCGAUCCCGCGCUUGCUCAACCCGACGCCCCCCCACCCCAUUCAGACUCCGACCCCGACGCGCACCCGGACAACGUGAUCUCUAUCUCCUCCUCUCCUGCCCACAGUCCUGAAAUCGAAGUCGCCGACCUGGAGGACAUGGACCAGGAUCCAACAAAUUCCAGCUGGAGACCACUAGAAGAGGCAUUACGAGACCAGGAAUCACCCGAGGUGAUCGAGGUCGACGAUAUGCUCUCUCUGGUGGACUCUUUCCCGAGAGUACGGGAUAGAACGACCCCUCGCGAGAACUUACAGAUGAUUAUCAUGAUGAUUGAGAAAGGCGACUCGCGUGAUGCCACCGCACUUACUGCAGUAAAGCUGUGGAUGGAUGAUUGCGUGCGAAAUCUAGAUCGGUUGACGGCUCCUAUCAUUGCCCGAGACUAUGAAUUCUGGAACCAACUGCCUUUACUCAUGGAAACACUUUUCCGUAGACAACAAGAGCUGCUUAUCGAAGACGAAGAGAAAGGAUUAACGGGCCUGGAAGAGUUCUUCAUGGAUUAUGUCCACAUCACUCUCCACAUGGUUCGCCAGGAUAUCAUGUUCUUGCGCCUGUUGGCUGAAGAGCCAGAGGCCCAGCUACCAGACAGUCCGACCCAGCGCUGGCUACAAUUUCUUGCAUGGUUGCUGACAUUCUCGAACAUUCCUUUCUAUCGCACUCUAGAGGCAGUACACGACACUGAUGCUUUCGACUUUGUGCUCCGAAUCCGAGCGAAGACUUUCGCUACCUCCGUCGAUGCCCCUGGCGUGGUGGCAGAAUACACCUCCCUUCUCCUAGAAACCAUACCCAAAUUUCCGUCUUUGUUGAACAAUCUGGUCUCCAGUUUGCUUCUCGCCAACAGCAUCACUGACUGCACGCUGGAAAAGAUGCAGAAUGAGCAGAAUGAGCAUUCAGAGACCGCUAUCGACUUGUCGGUCGAUUCGCUUUUCCUGAAGGUCAUCUACGACACAGUCCGUCAGCUUGAUGACAAGUACCAGCAGUGGGUUACAAAGAAGUCUCCCCUGGUAUCAAGUGACUUCAGCGAGCAUAUGCUGCGCCAAAUACCUCGCGUUUACAGCUCACUCUGUCAAAGCGACCCCUCAUUCAUGGAACGGAUUUCCAAAGACCUUCAAAUCCAGCUUCCAAUUGAUGUGAGCAUUGAUAGCAAGACCAGAACCAUUACCUGGGGCUGGAAAUUUGCUGUCCUGAAAAAGCUCAUCAUGGAGGGCCGCAUGGAACUUCGGGUUCACGGCGUGGAGACCAUGCAAUCAGACUUGGUGACCAUCUGGAGACAGCACAUCUCCAACGAUGCUACAGGCGCCGCCUCACCAGAAAUUCAAUACUUGGUCCACUUUAUUCAGCGCAACAAGAUUGUGGACUAUCUCGUAGGGGUUGACUCUCACCCUCAGUUGAUCAGCCGCAGCAGCAAUAUCGUUGGGUUCUUGAUCGUGACGAACACGUACACGAAUCUUGAAACCGACGUCAUCUGGAAGGCUGUGACAGAGAGCCAGGACAGUAGAAUCGUCUCCGAGGUGUUAGCUAUGCUCACUCGGACGUUCUACAUGCACCCGACUGCGUCACCAGCUUUGCUAUAUGUCUGCAAGAAGGUCUUGGAGCUUCCUCUGGAGCAAUUUGACGCUCGCAUGCUCGAAUUUUGUGAGAACCUUCUCGGUCGGAUGUCAGAAAAGCCCGCCGAUCACGGGUACUAUGACCAGCCUGGUGAUCACGUGGAUGCCGUCCCUCUGUGGCUAUGCGUGCGUCUCAUUCGUGAAAGCACUGCCGCAGAUAAUCUGUCCGAUGAGCAGAGGACACAAUUGCAGAACUUCGGUAGCAAGCAACUGGCAACCUUCAUCAAAACUGGCAUCAAUGAGGCGGACCGGACGGAAAUUUACGAGCGAUGUAUCCAAGAUAUUGCUGAGAUGAACGAGUUCACCGCGGGCAGCAUGCAAGCGCUGAACGCUCUCGUCCCUAUGCUCGAUGCACAGGAGAUUAACAAGUUGGCCACAGACUACGACUUGACACGCCUAGUGAUCACCGACCUACUUCACACUGUGAACGGUGAUCACGUUAAUUUAUCCGAUGCGUUUUCACAGCACGGCCUCGUUUCGCGCGUUGUGAUCUUGUUCCGCCUUGUUGAUAUGGCCCCAGAGACAAUCACGCCCGAACUCGGACAGGCCUUGUGGAAUGACAUCCUUCUGUCAAGCAAACUGGGAUAUGAUGGGCACAAGACUGUUUGGAAUAUGAUGGUCACUGCGUUAACGCGCUGCUCAAAGCCUAACCCUUUCCUCGACCGAUGCAUCCAUGAGUACCUGCCUACCUUGGUCCCGAAAGACUAUUCUCCAGAGUUGCUUGCAUUUACAAAGAUGUCGGUCACCUAUGAAAUUCGCUUUAACCCGCCUCUGGCCGCCGGAGAGAAUGAGGUUGUAACCAUUCCUGGAAUGGAUCGCAUUUGGAACUUCAUUUUGACAUCUCCGCCGGGUUCCAUUGAAGAUAAGGCAAUUGACUAUGCGAUCAAAACCUACCUGGAUCACCCAGUCAUCAAAAUAUCACCGUGGUCUGCCGUUGAGGCCACUCAUAUUGCGAUUGCAGAUCGCUGCAUCGACCAGCUCAAGUCAUCUGCAGCGGCUCUGAAGCCCUCAGAGACUAUCGCCGCAAAUGGCGAGUCUGCCACCGGACCGGAAACUCCAGAUGAUGAAAUCGGACCGGAAGAGCUACGAUUCAGACGCUCGCUUCAGUUCCUCUACCGAUUGCUCCAUGGGUUGCGGGCUCGUCCGCAAUACGUUUCCCCAAAGGGAUCUCCACCCAGGUUGCCGGAACGCCCACUGAAAGGUGAUCCGAUAGACCUGUCCUGGCAAUGGUUCAACGGCAGUACUAGCUCUGGUGUUAAGACGUUGCGGAUCGGCGGUCUUUCGAAUGCUGCUGAGCUCGUGGAAAUGCUUAGCCGGCUCUCUGGAUUUUCCAAGUUCUCAGCAAUCUGCGGUGGACAGCGGCUCGACCUGCUUGGUGACCCGGAGGCCCUCGUGCAAGACAUUAAUGUGCUCCAUUCAGGUCUUCUCAUUCUCCGCAAGGCACCGGAUGCUCAGGAAGUAUCGCGUGACAGUGGCCGCCAUUCUUUUACAUCGGUCGACUCUGAGGUCCUGAAGCAUUUCGACGAGAUCUAUGCCUUCCUCGCUCUCAAGGAAAAUGUCGCGCGGGAGGUGUAUGAUUUCCUCGCCGUGUUUCCGCCCCCCGACCGCAUUCUCGAGCUUGUCAGGUCCGAGCAAAACAACGAGGACUUCUUAUUUCCCUUUGAGAAACCUUUCGUUGCAAUCUACUCAUUCCAUGUGCUGCUGAUGUGCCUUCGUGAUGAAGCAAUGGAGACAACACCGAACCAGACCUUUGCGUCGCACAGCAUUGAGAUACUGGUGGCAUUUUUGAUGGCUGAUGAGUUUGCCAGUGGCCUGAGUAAGGAUACAGUCAAAUUCUGGCUUGCUUCAAAUGCGACUGAGUGCCUUCUGGCAGCAUUUGUCAUCUGUGGCACUCCCACGGACGAUGCAGCAUUGGUCCAGAACCCAACAAAGCUGGUCAAGCGUCUUCUGGAGUUCAUUCAGAUCGCUCACAGUACGCCUACCCUGCCCUUCAGCACUCUGAACCAGAAGCUUAUCCGCUUCCCUUUCGCUGUUCUCAUUGAUGGCUCAACACGGGAUGGGAAGUUUUGGAAGGCAGUCAAGCAGGAAGCGCACUUCGACCGAUUAAUCCAGUCACUGCUUUUGAAUGAAAGCCGCCAGUCUGUUCGCAUCGACGUGGCGGAGAGGAUCAAAAUAACAUGUGGUCCUUUGAAAUUGCAGAAGCAGCCGCUCAAGACCAACGAAGAGCCGCAAAGCCCGUCCUCUGCCGAAAGUACUUGCAGAAUAGACAUGUUGGCUACUGUUUGGGAUGCUUUUCUCAAGACCAUUCCUAAAGCUCCAGAGUAUGCUUCACAAUCUGCAGAAUUCUUCACAGUUGCUCUCUGGGUUUUCCGUUCGGUUGCGGAGAAGUCUCCCCGAGAUGUCAUUUUCAGUCAAUAUCUUAAAGAGUGGAGCCUCGUCAUGCUCGAGCAUCACACUGAAGAGUUUGUUGGUCGUGAGACAAUUGACCACUUGAUCCAUGGAUUUGCUCUUUUGCUAGAGCUGUGUCUUGACCUGGCAGACAAGGCUAACGUCGAGCUGGAAACUUUUGACCUUGCGGAGCAAAUUUUGACCAACUAUCUGUUCCCAGACUUGUCGCCCGAGACAGAAAAUCUCAUGACCCCGCAAGUUCCUGUCCUGCAUACACUCACUCGUCAAAAGUUUUACAGCAUUGUCAAUUUGCUUUGCAAACACAAUGACGUGAACCUUGCGCAAGUCAUGGACCAAUUGGAGGAUAUCAUUCCUCGAGACGUUUCUUACGGUCACAGUUCGAGCUACGAUCGAUCUAAGAUGAUCCGAGCUCCACCAGGCUAUGCGGGGCUUAAGAAUCUCUCGAAUACCUGCUAUUUGAACUCUUUGAUGACACAGCUUUUCAUGAAUAUCGAGUUCCGGGACUUCAUGUUGAAGCUUGAUCUUGUUGAUCCGCAGUCAUCACAGCGACUUCUUGAAGAGACCCAAAAACUUUUCGCAUGGAUGCAAGACAUCUUUACGAGAAGCACCGAUCCGACGGAUUUUGUCGAGCAAAUCAAAACCUACGAUAACGAGGCCAUCGACGUUACCAUCCAGAUGGAUGUCGAUGAGUUCUACAACCUGCUCUUUGAUCGUUGGGAGGCACAAAUUGUUAAUCCAAAGGAAAAGAAAAAAUUCCGAUCCUUCUACGGAGGUCAACUUGUCCAGCAGAUAAAGUCCAAAGAGUGUUCUCAUAUCUCGGAGAGAGAGGAACCGUUCUCUGCCAUCCAAUGUGACAUCAAGGGCAAGGCCAACCUCGAAGAGAGUUUGCAAGCGUAUGUCGAGGGAGAGAUCAUGCAAGGAGAUAACAAAUACUCUUGCACGGGCUGUGGCCGCCAUGUUGAUGCUGUCAAGCGAGCCUGUCUAAAGGACGUCCCAGACAACCUGAUCUUUCACCUCAAGCGCUUUGACUUCGACAUGGUGUCUUUGACGCGGAGUAAGAUCAACGAUGAAUUUCAGUUCCCAGACCGUAUCGACAUGGCCCCCUACAAGGUAGAGCAUCUAUCUGAUCCAGAGGGCCCCGUUGAGCCGGACACUUUUGAGUUGGUCGGCGUUUUGAUUCAUACUGGCACGGCCGAAUCGGGUCAUUACUACUCCUACACUCGGGAAAGACCCUGUUCGGGUACUUCGACGUCAUGGGUUGAGUUCAAUGACUCGGAAGUUAGCACUUUUGACCCAGCAACCAUUGCCGACCAAUGCUUCGGCGGCCAGAGUGGAUCAGGUCACAACAUGAGUGGUCACCAGCUCAACAAGGUUUGGAAUGCCUACAUGCUGUUUUAUCAGCGUGUUUCUACAAUGGAGAAGUCCAAGGAGGUCUACAAGCCGUUGCAGCCUGGCUACCCAGUUCGAGCUUCUGUGCCUGACGCUCUAGCCAACAUGAUUGCCUGCGACAAUGAGGUUAUCAUUAGAACCUACUGUCUUUUGGACCCGCUCUACUCAUUCUUCGUGCAAAGUCUGCUCCAGGGGUUGCAGACCGUUGCACCCGACUUUGAAAGAAAGUCCGAUCUGGAGCUGACGGCCAUGACAGUCGGACUGGACACAUACGAGCAGCUCGUUGCACGGUCCAAGGAUCAUGCAUGCUUGGACGGAAUUUCCACCGAGAUCUCGAAGCUGCUCACCCGGAACGUAUACGCGGCAUUUCAAGUGCUCCAGUGGUUCUGUCGUAAGGAAACCUCGAUGCGCAACCUGGUUCUUCGGAUGCCAAAUGGGGAAAUUCGACAGAAAGGUGUCAUGUUUAUCACUGCGGCCAUCAGAAGACUGGAAGAUUAUCUUCAUGAUCCAAAUGUUCACGAGCACGAACGAAACGCCUUGCAAGGCCGCUUCGACUCGACGUUGGAGCAUCUCGUUGGCAUGAUGGAGGAUCUUUGGCCUGCUCUUCAGACCGCUCCUCGCGCGUGGGAAGAUUACUUCGAUAUCCCGCUAAGAAUCAUCGACGCAUCACCGUCAGCAGUUGGAAUAUUACUCGACAAUGGCUUCUUCGUCCGUUGCCUGGAAAUCAUCUGGCUCGACCAGGAAGACCGGAAGAGGCUGAGGGGCAAGUAUGCCAACUACAUGAGAUUGGUGGAGAAAGGUCGACGCUUCUCAUAUCUCACCAUGAUGUCCCUCUGCGCAGUCUUUUUCAAGAAAAUCGACUUUGCCCUUCCCGUCAUUCGAGAUGACGAGCAGCGAGCCAUGUCAGACGGCGGCAUGUACCCUCUGAACACGACCGAAAGCAGGCUCAUCAGACCACUUGAAGAAGAUGGAGGUCUUUCUGUUCUAAUGAAGAUCAUGCAACAAGACAAUCUUGGUAACAGUCGGGCCUGUCGCGUGAUCGUUACCGCCAUGCUUCAAUCAGAACCCCAAGCAGGCUUCCUAGGUAGCAUUGUCAAAGUGCUGCAGUCGGGUCUGCGGCUGUCACCUGCUGAUCUUAGCAUCCCAUUCCUGGAGGCAACGCUCGUAUUUUGCAAAUGGUGCCCAGAUGAGGGUGAUGCUGCCAAAAUGAUCAGCUUCGUCGCGGAGGGAGUUGAGUCCAUCAACAACAGUGCAAGUGUUGAGCACCUCGAGUUCUUUACCCGCGUCUGUGCCGUAUCCAACGAAAGAUUGGGUCGAAAUGAGGACUGGUUCACGGGAUUGGUUCAAAACGAGAUUCCCCACUGGGCACCGACCCUACUCAUCGACACUGAUAGAUCGGUUCGCCAGGGUACUAUGGAAAUACUUCGGACUUUGCUCUUCAGCAACGACAACAGCGAUAUCACCGAAGAAACGCAAGCUCGAUACCUCCAGAUUGGUCGCAACCUCAUGGUUGGCUGUGUGCAGCGAGUCGAGAAGUCAUUCAUUAACACCCGGACUCAGCAAGUCGAGUCCAGAAUCGUUGAUGGCAUCAUCGAGGUCAUCAAACAUUGCCAGGAAGCAUACUUUGAUGAUGAGAGUGAGGAGGAUAAGCAGACUAUCGACAGUGCAAAUUCGAUCCUCGCCCCCCUCGAACACAUGACCAUCGAAGUCCCAGACGAUCUCGUCUCAGAAUCCGAUCUGCCCUCUCCCGAUGAAUGGGAAGCAACCUCCGCAUUAGCCAGUGACUCCGAGAUGGGAGUCGCCGGUUCCCCAUAG